CGACAACAGCGCCAGCUGAUCUUUUGACUCGAUCUCCUCCAGUGCUCUCCGCCUCGGCUGUGUUCAAAGCGGACGGUGGCUCUUGAUGGACGGUAACUUGUCGCGCAUUCACAUGGUACCUACUUGCUGCGAGGCGACACGACGAAGCGUUCCGGGAUACUGACGGAGAGAGCGGCACGCCAUGAACGCGUUAAUUCACACGAAAACGAUGAUCGCCGGCCACGGUGGAGUCAUAGCUCGACGGUACUCCCCGUUUAAAUUAUGGUACAACGCAAAUCAUACAAUGGGCGGCAUAGCUCUAAUUUAUACAGAUUUGAGAGAUCGAAGAAGAUUAUUGCUGGAACCUACACCGCCAACGAUGUAUAUUAAUGAUAAAAGCAUAGCGUGUCUACAAAUACGUACUUUUUAUGUAACUCCAAGUUGGAGUAGCCAAGAGCCGUCGUCUAAGAUCGAAGAAACGGUGAAGAACAUUAAAGAGGAGAAAGAGCUUAAAAGUAAGAUGGAAACCGGUGCUGUGACAGAGUCUGAGCUAGCAAAGAAAGCUGUCGCUAAAGUGACAAUGUGGCAAAAAAUUAAGGGCGAGAUAUUGCAUUACUAUCACGGGUUUCGAUUAUUGGGACUCGAUAUGAAAGUGUCAGCAAAAUUAAUAUGGAGAAUUUUGCAUGGGAACGUGCUCAGCAGAAGGGAGCAUCGUUUGUUAAUAAAAACGACCGGAGAUAUGUUCAGAUUGAUUCCAUUCUCCGUUUUCAUUAUCGUUCCAUUUAUGGAGUUUCUGUUGCCAGUGGUAAUUAAAUUAUUCCCUGGCAUGCUACCUUCUACUUUCCAAACAGCAACUGAAAAGGAAGAUAAACUUAAGCAGGCCUUGAAGGUCAAGAUAGAAAUGGCGAAAUUUUUACAAAAAACAUUGGAUGAAAUGGCAUUGCAAUCGUCAGAUCACAAAUCUGAUAAGGCUAAAGAGUUCGCUGAAUUUUUCUACAAAGUACGGACAACUGGCACCGUUGCAACCAAUGAAGAAAUCAUGAAAUUUAGCAAAGUUUUCGAGGAUGAAAUUACCCUAGAUUCUCUUUCGCGGCCACAACUAAUUGCUUUGUGCCGCGUAUUGGAUGUGCAAACACUUGGAACUACCAAUUUCUUACGGUUUCUGCUUAGGAUGAGACUCCGAAGUCUUACUGCAGAUGAUAAACUAAUUGAGAAAGAAGGUGUCGAUACUCUAACUAGAGCCGAAUUGCAACAAGCUUGCAGGGCACGUGGUAUGCGUGCUUAUGGAUUACCAGAGAGCAGAUUAAGGGAACAAUUGUCACAGUGGUUGGAUUUGAGUUUAAUUAAAAAGGUCUCACCCUCUUUAUUACUGUUAUCACGAGCGCUUAUGAUACCAGAGACGAUACCUGUGUCAGACAAGCUAAAGGCGACUAUUUCGGCCUUGCCUGAUGCAGUCGUAGCACGUACAAAGGGCGCUAUUGGAGAGAAAGAGGGUAAAGUGGACCAUAAGACCAAUAUCGAGAUCAUAAAAAUGGAAGAACGUAAAAUCGAAGAAGAGAGAAAGGAAAAGAAAGAAGCCGAACCACAGCCAACUGUUUUGGAAUCCAGUACUAAAGAAGAUGAAAUUACUACUACAGAUGUCGAAGUUUUGGAACAAGCUCUGGAUUCAGUUGGCAAAGAUAAAAAUUUGGCUGUAGAGAAAGAGGAAAUCAAGGAACUUAAAGAAGAAAUGGCGGAAUAUCAAGAAGAUGUUAAGGAAUUGUAUCAAAUUAAAGCAGAGGCGAAAGGGGAAAUCGAUAUAGAAAACAUUAAAGUAUCGAAAGGUGCUAAUAGACUAUUCAAGAAAGUAAACAAAAUGAUCUCGAAAAUGGACGCCGUUCUGUUGGAGCUCGAGCAAUCUGAGAAAAAAGUUAAACAAAGAAUGAAGUCUUUAGGUCCUGAUGAGAACGAUGAGAAAGAUGUUGAAGAAUUAGUUAAAAUAGAUGAGCUGGUUGGAGCCAUUAAACAAAUCCAAAAUGUACCCGAUGAACAUCGUUUAAAACGCAUAGCAGAAAUUUUAGGGAAAAUUGAUGACGAUCAAGAUGGUGCAAUAAAAAUAGAAGAUGUAUUAAAGGUUGUAGAAUUAAUAGGUAAGGAAGAUGUUAAAUUAAGUAAAGAACAAGUGGAUGAACUGAUAGAGUUAAUGGAUAAAGAAGAAGUAUUAGAAGUAGAGGAACAAAUACAAAAAUCGUUGGAAAAGGAUUGCAAGACAUCCCAGACAGAUGAGAACAUAAAAGCUACGCAUAAAUCUACAGUUCCAGCCACGCCGGUGACAAUCGAGCCGGGAUUUGGAAAAGAGGAGUUAGCAGAUGAUGCUGUCAUAGAAUCCAAAACCUAUGGGGAUCCUGAAGAGGAUAAACAGAAAUCAACUGCCGUUCUUAAAAGUAAUUCCAAAGCCGAUGAGAUCAAAAAUCCUCCAAUUACAUCAGGUGUUUCACCAGCGAAAAAGACAGAAGGUUCUAAACAACUGUGAUUAGCGCACAAUGAAAUAUAAAUUAGCAUAUGUAAUUAUCAACAAUAUUUUUAAUGAAAGAAGAAUUUAUAAGUUUAAUAACGGAUCUUCGUCUGUGUGUAUCUCACGUAUUUUCUUUAGAAAAAUUUUCAAUUUUCGUAAAUAGAGUGGAUAAUACAAUGAGAAAGAGAGAGAGAGAGCUAAAUCUUUUAUUGACACAAGGCACAAAGAUGAUUUCAAUUGGCCAUCAUGACAUAAGUAUUUAUCUUGUAUAUAAAAAACGUAUAUUAAAUAUAUGUAAUAUAUCAGUCGUUUAUAAUAUUUGAGUAAUAUCGAGUAAUAUUGAUUUUUAACUUCAUACUGCAUUGUAUGCACACACAAAAACCCGAAGUUUCCCGUUGAAGACUGUGAUGCAUUUAACAGCAUCAUUUAUUGUUCUCUUUUAUUCAUCGUGAUGCACUUGUGUUGAUCACAUAAAUGCAUUAAUUAUUCUGUAAUUAAUUGUCGAUGUUGUGUGUCAUAAUUUUAAAAGGAACGAGUAGAAUAUCGUUAGCCUAAACAUUGACAACGAAUUACAGAUAUUUAGUUUUUUUUUUUUUUAAUUACAAUACAGUUUAAUUUCCGUAAGUCCAGAGGGUAAAUCAUUCCAACUAUUUCAAUGCCGUUGUACACUUCUCGAUAUGUUGAAUAUAUGCCUGUUAUAAUUCAAAAUAAUAGUCUUCAAUUGUAUUAUCUUGUAACUUAAACACUGAUAUUACAAAAUAAUUGGUUGCUCAAAAUACAAAGCAAAAUAGAUGUACAUACAAUAAUUUAUAAUGUACGUACAGUAAUUUAUAAGUAUUUAUUUUCAUUUGCGAAAAAUACAAGAAAGCAAACUUAGCUAUUCAAUACAAAACUGAAUAUUAUUUGUGCUUUGUACUAAUAGAGCGUUAAAUUUGUAAAAGAAAUUUUGUUUACAAGAUAAUUCUAUUACAAGAUGUUAUAUCGAUUUCGGAGCCCUGUAUGUAUAUAAGGAAAAGGGAAAUAUUUAUUACAUAUUUACGUUACUCUAUAAUGUUAAUUGGACGAAGACCUCUACGAUGUAUUAUAAAGAUAUGAAUUCAGAAAGAA